AUGGUGAAUAAACUUUUGAAGGUUGUGAUGCUUGGUUUGGAUGCAUUUGGCAAAACAACAAUCUUGUACAGGCUGCACUACGGGGAUUUUGUUCAAACAAUCCCUACAGUAGGUUUUAAUGUCGAUAAGGUUCAGUACAAGAAUGUAUCAUUUAAUGUGUGGGAUGUUCGUGGACAAGAAAAGCUCAGAAAAUUAAGGAAGAUUUACUUCAGCAAUUCUGAUGCACUGAUCUAUGAUGUCGAUUCCUUGGACAGAGAAAGGAUCGAAGAUGCCAGACAAGAAUUCCAGACCAUUAUCAAGGAACCUUUGAUGUCAAAGAGCAUAAUCUUGGUAUUAGCAAACAAACAGGACUUGAAAGGUUCAAUGAGCCCGGCGGAAGUGAGCGAAGGGCUGGGCCUACAUGAUCUCAAGAACAAGAUAUGGCACAUACAGGGGGCGUGCGCUAUACGCGGCGAGGGCAUCUACGAUGGUCUCGACUGGCUCGCGUCCACCCUGAAGCAGUUGCAGGAACCAUUAGGGCAUCUCCAAUAG